AUGCACACAGGCCUGUCCCGCCUCGAGUACCGAGGAUAUGACUCGGCUGGUCUGGCUGUCGAUGGCGACAAGAAGAACGAGGUGUUUGCCUUCAAGGAGGUGGGCAAGGUUGCCAAGCUCAAGUCGCUCGUCGACAGCUCCAAGAUAGAUCUCGACAAGGUCUUCGAUUCACAUGCCGGCAUCGCCCACACUCGGUGGGCUACCCACGGUCCUCCAUCCGAGAUCAACUGCCACCCUCACCGAUCCGACCCAACCUGGGAGUUCACCAUUGUCCACAAUGGCAUCAUCACCAACUACAAGGAGCUCAAGACCCUGCUGAUCAGCAAGGGUUUCAAGUUCGAGACGGAGACGGACACGGAGUGCAUUGCAAAGCUCACCAAGUACAUCCACGACCAGCACCCCCAGAUCGGCUUCACCGACCUGGCCAAGGCUGUCAUCCAGGAGCUGGAGGGUGCUUAUGGCUUGCUCAUCAAGUCUGUUCACUACCCGCACGAGGUCAUUGCCGCUCGCAAGGGUUCCCCUCUCGUCAUCGGCGUCAAGACGGAGAAGCGCAUGAAGGUCGACUUUGUGGACGUCGAGUACGGUGACGACAGCGCCGCCCUCCCGGCCGAGGCUGCUUCCCAGAACGUCGCUCUCAAGAAGGACGCUUCCGACUUCCUCAACCCUAGCAACAGCAACCUCUUGGGAGCACCUGACAAGUCGCUCCUUCACCGUUCGCAAUCGCGCGCCUUCAUGACGGACGACGGCAUGCCGAUGCCCACCGAGUUCUUCUUGUCCUCGGACCCGUCCGCCAUCGUCGAGCACACCAAGAAGGUGAUGUAUCUCGAGGAUGACGACAUUGCGCACAUCCACGAGGGUUCGUUGAACAUCCACCGGCUCAAGAAGAUCGAUGGCAGCUCCAACGUCCGCACCAUCCAGACUCUGGAGCUCGAGCUCCAGGAGAUCAUGAAGGGCAAGUUUGACCACUUCAUGCAGAAGGAGAUCUUCGAGCAGCCAGAGUCGGUCGUCAACACGAUGCGUGGCCGCCUCGACAUUGCGAACAAGACGGUCACUCUCGGAGGCCUGCGAUCCUACAUCGCCACCAUCCGUCGCUGCCGACGUAUCAUUUUCAUUGCUUGCGGCACGAGCUACCACUCCUGUAUGGCGGUGCGUGGUAUCUUCGAGGAGCUUGCUGAAAUUCCCAUCUCGGUCGAGCUGGCAUCCGACUUCCUCGAUCGCGAGGCUCCUGUCUUCCGCGACGACACCUGCAUCUUCGUCUCGCAGUCCGGCGAGACGGCCGACUCGCUCAUGGCUCUGAGGUACUGCCUGGAGCGUGGUGCGCUCACCGUCGGUAUCGUCAACGUCGUCGGAUCCUCCAUCUCCAUGCUCACCCACUGCGGCGUUCAUGUCAACGCCGGUCCCGAGAUCGGUGUUGCCUCCACCAAGGCGUACACGUCGCAGUUCAUCGCCAUGGUCAUGUUCGCGCUGUCCCUCAGCGAGGACCGCGCCUCCAAGAAGAAGCGUCGCGAGGAGAUCAUGGAGGGCCUCGCCAACGUCUCCGGCCAAAUCCAGGAGAUUCUGGCCCUGGACAAGCCCAUCAAGGAGCUUUGCCAGAAGGUCUUCCAGAACCAGAAGUCGUUGCUGCUCCUCGGCCGCGGAAGCCAGUUCUCCACGGCCCUCGAAGGCGCCCUCAAGAUCAAGGAAAUUUCUUACCUUCACUGCGAGGCCGUCAUGUCUGGUGAGCUCAAGCACGGCGUGCUCGCGCUCGUGGACGAGAAUCUGCCCAUCAUCAUGAUCCUCACCCGUGACGAGAUUUUCAAGAAGUCUCUCAACGCCUAUCAGCAAGUCAUUGCUCGUGGCGGCAAGCCCAUUGUCAUCUGCAACAAAGGCGAUGAGGAGUUCAAGGUUUCGGACGCGACGAAGAUUGAGGUCCCCAGGACGGUUGACUGCCUUCAGGGCCUCCUCAACGUCAUUCCACUGCAGCUGAUCGCCUACUGGCUUGCGGUUCUCGAAGGCCUCAACGUGGACUUCCCCCGCAACCUGGCCAAGUCGGUCACUGUGGAGUAA